UCAAGUCGGGAGGUUUGUAGCGUGUUUCUAGAAGACUGGCAUGAAACCGCAGAUAACGACCUGAUCAACUUUACAACGAACCACGCAGCUGUAAUACAACCACUGCAACAUUACUUAGAUGAUAACAGUGUAAAUAGCUGGAUAUAUUCAGAGAAGCUUUCUUAUUGCACAGAUAGCAUCCGGAAUUUCGCACAAUGAGGAAAAUAGCGUUGCUCUUGAUGGUGUUGCUUGGGGUUGCCCAUUUUGCGGCAGUUGUCCGUUGUGAUGAUGAUGACGCAGGACUGGACAGCGAUAGUGAUGCCGAUGACACCGAGAGCGAUGAGGAAGACGAGGAGACUGAUGAAGAUGGAGGAACAGAAGUGAAAGAAGAAAACGGAGUGUUGGUUUUGACUGACAGCAACUUCGACACCUUCAUAGAGGGAAAGGACACCGUGCUCGUUGAGUUUUACGCACCCUGGUGUGGUCACUGCAAGCAAUUUGCACCAGAGUACGAGAAGAUAGCCCAGUCUCUGAAAGACAGUGACCCUCCUGUCCCUGUGGCCAAGGUGGACGCUACCAAGUCCAGCGCUCUGGGACAGAGGUUUGAGGUGUCUGGUUACCCCACCUUCAAAAUCCUGAAGAAGGGAGAGGCGGUUGAAUAUGACGCUGAACGGACAGAGGAAGCCAUUGUGGCUCGGGUGAAGGAGGUGUCCCAGCCUGACUGGCAGCCCCCCCCAGAGGCCACGCUGGUUCUGACGAACGACAACUUUGACGUGGUGGUCAACAACGCUGACAUCAUCCUGGUGGAGUUCUACGCCCCCUGGUGUGGCCACUGUAAGCAGCUGGCUCCGGAGUACGAGAAGGCAGCCAGGGAGCUGAGCCUGCGUUCCCCUCCCAUCCCCCUGGGCAAGGUGGACGCCACCGUCCAGAGCGACCUAGCCACCCGCUUCGGGGUGACCGGGUAUCCCACCUUGAAGAUCUUCCGGAAGGGCAAGGCUUUCGAUUACAACGGACCCAGAGAGAAGUUUGGCAUUGUGAACUACAUGAGUGAGCAGGCGGGGCCUCCGUCCAAGCAGGUGCAGACAGCCAAGCAGGUGCAGGAGCUCAUCAAGGACGGCGAUGACGUGGUCAUCGUGGGCGUGUUCUCCUCCGAAGACGACGAGGCCUACGAGAUCUACAUGGAAGCCUGUAACUCUCUCAGGGAGGACUUCAAGUUCCUGCACAGCUUCAGCUCUGAGGUGGCCAAGCUGGUGAAGGGUUCCUCAGGGCAGGUCGUCUCUGUGCAGCCUGAGAAGUUCCGCUCCAAAUACGAGCCAGCGUCACUGACUCUCACUAUUCAGGGCUCCACGUCGGUCCCAGACAUUCAGGACUUCUUCAGGAAGUCGUCUCUUCCUCUGGUGGGACACAGGAAGCAGAGCAACGACGCCAAGCGCUACUCCAAGAGGCCUCUGGUGGUGGUCUACUACGGAGUGGACUUCAGCUUCGACUACAGGAAGGCCACCCAGUUCUGGAGGGCAAAGGUGCUGGAGGUGGCCUCGGACUUCCCAGAGUACACCUUUGCCAUCGCGGACGAGGAGGACUAUGCUGACGAGCUGAAGGGCCUGGGGCUCGGAGACAGCGGGGAGGAAGUCAACGUGGGGAUUCUGGGAGAUGGAGGCAAGAAGUUCUCCAUGGAGCCUGAGGAGUUUGACGCUGAUGUUCUCAGGGACUUUGUGAUGGCCUUCAAGAAAGGAAAACUGAAGCCCAUCAUCAAAUCUCAACCCAUCCCCAAGAACAACAAAGGACCAGUGAAGGUCGUUGUGGGGAACAAUUUCGACGAGAUCGUCAUGGAUGCGAAGAAAGACGUCCUGAUCGAGUUCUACGCGCCGUGGUGCGGCCACUGCAAGAAGCUGGAGCCAGACUACCUUGCCCUGGGCAGGAAGUACAAGGGAGAGAAGGACAUCGUCAUAGCCAAGAUGGACGCCACCGCUAACGACAUCCCCAACGACAGAUACAAAACAGACGGCUUCCCCACCAUUUACCUGGCGCCUAGCAACAGCAAGCAAAACCCCAUCAAAUUCGAAGGAGGCGACAGAACGAUAGAAGGAUUUAGUAAGUUUUUGGAAGAGCAUGCCACACGGCUAUCGCAGAAAAGAGAUGAACUUUGAGUGUCUUUUGUUGUGCAGCUGAGAACUCUCCCAUGCUAGUGUGGGGUGUGAAUGCCCUGGAGAUGACAGGGAACAUCUCAACAGGAGAGGAGUUACUGAAUCGCUCUGAUCCUGAUAUUCAACCAUUUUGUUUCUGAUAAGUCGAGAGAUUAUUUUUUGCCCCCCAUUUCCAAACGAGCAUGUAGCCUCUGCACGGUGUUCUAGAUUUCUAAGUCUUUUUAAAUAAAAUGUUAUGAACAAA